AUGUCUGUAGAAAAUGAUAUAUUUUCAAAUAAAUCUUAUCUUAAAGAAAUAAAUAAAAAUUUUUCAUAUUUAAUUGAAUUGAUUCAAUCAACUUGUAAACCAUUACGAUUAUGUUCAAAAGAGUCAGUUGAAAUAAAAGAAAUGUCAUUUGAAUAUUUACAAGAAUUCAAUGGAUCAAAUCAACAAAGACAAAUUGAUUUAUUAUCAAUAAUUAAUAAUAUAGAUAAAUUAUGGAUAUUUUUAUCAUUAAAUCCAACAUCUUAUGAUACUCAGAAUUUUCUUGAAGAACUUUAUCACUUAACAUUUAAUUCAUUUCAAGUUAAACAACAUUUAGCAUAUCAUUGUGAAGAUUUUCUAUUAAUAUUGUCUGUUUGUUAUGAUGAUGAUUUUCGAUUUGCUUGUUUUAAAUUAUUAAGUUUAUUGAUAAAUGAUAUUCAACCAGUGAAUAGAAAAAGAAUUUUAUAUUUAAAUCGUAUAUGUUAUGAAUCUCUUUAUGAUUUUCAUAUUUAUUAUGAUAAAAUUAAGCUUUUUACUAUUCAAUCAAAUAUAAUUGAUUUGACAAAACAAGAUAUCGAUGAUUUAAUAAAUAGACAAAUAAUUCGAAAAGAUUUAGAAGAAAAAAUAGUUGAAUCAAUAGAAGAAUUAGGUGGAUAUGUUUUCAUUAAAAUGCAACGAAGUCCAAAAGAUGCUUAUCAAAAUCUUUGUAAAGAAAUCAAUGGUGAAUGGUUUCGUUAUUGGAAUUUAAAACUAGAUGAAGAUCCUCGUUUAUAUUUUAUGAGAGUAGAAAAUAUCGAACAAUUAAAAUUACUUUUUAAAACAAGUGAUCGUAUUCGAGAAGAUUUUCAAGAAAUAUAUUCAAAUGGAAAAUUAAUUUUACGAAAAUGGAUUAAUUCAAUUGGAAAUGAAUAUCGAUGUUUUAUUUGCAAUAAAAAAUUAAAUGCUGUUUCAUCAUAUAAUAUUAAUCAAUCAAUAAUAAAAAAUGAAAAAAAAAUAAAAGAUUUAAUUAAUUCAAAUUUAUUUAAAGAUAUUAUUUAUAAAAUUCCAUAUAGUCAUGCUGUUGUUGAUUGUUCAAUUGAUGAAAUUAGUUCGAAUGUUACUAUUAUUGAAAUAAAUCCAUUUAGUAAAAGAUCAUCAGCAGGAAAAUAUUCGUGGACUAUUGAUAAAAAUAUUUUAUAUUAUUAUUAUCAAUAUAAUCAAUCUGUUUCAAUUCAAUUAUAA